UGGCGCCCGGGGCCCGGGCGGGGAUGUGGGCACCCGCGGCUCGGGGGAGCGGCUCCCCCGCCCAGAAGCAGAGUUGUCGCUGCGGUCGCCGAGGAAGGAGGACGGAGCCGAGGCCCGCGCUGUCCGGAGAGAAGACAGUGGUCUCAUCCCGUCGGGAAUGAAGGGAUAUACGGUGGCCGUUUGCUCGCCCGGACCCCACGAAGUACAGCAGAUGGUCCGUGAACAGUACACUACAACCACAGAAGGCACCCACAUACAGAGGCCAGAGAACCAGUGUGUCUACAAAAUUGGCAUUUAUGGCUGGAGAAAGCGUUGCCUCUACUUAUUCGUUCUUCUUUUACUCAUCAUCCUCCUCGUGAAUUUUGCUCUCACAAUUUGGAUUCUUAAAGUGAUGUGGUUUUCCCCAACGGGAAUGGGUCACUUGCGUGUUACAAAAGAUGGUCUUCGCCUAGAAGGAGAAUCAGAAUUUUUAUUCCCAUUGUAUGCCAAGGAAAUACACUCCAGAGUGGACUCAUCUCUGCUUCUGCAGUCAACUCAGAAUGUGACUGUCAACGCACGCAACUCUGAAGGAGAGGUCACAGGCAGAUUAAAAGUGGGUCCCAAAAUGGUAGAGGUCCAGAGUCAACAGUUUCAGAUCAACUCCAAGGAUGGCAAGCCACUGUUUACUGUCGAUGAAAAGGAAGUCGUGGUUGGUACAGAUAAACUUCGAGUAACUGGGCCUGAAGGUGCACUUUUUGAACAUUCAGUGGAGACCCCCCUCGUAAGAGCUGACCCAUUUCAGGACCUGAGGUUAGAAUCCCCCACACGGAGUCUAAGCAUGGAUGCCCCAAAGGGUGUUCAUAUUAAAGCUCAUGCUGGGAAAAUUGAGGCUCUUUCUCAAAUGGAUAUCAUUUUUCAAAGUAGUGAUGGAAUGCUUGUGCUUGAUGCUGAAACUGUGUGUUUACCCAAGUUGGUUCAGGGGACUCGGGGUGCCGCCGGCAGCUCACAAAGACUCUAUGAAAUCUGUGUGUGUCCAGAUGGGAAGCUUUAUCUGUCCGUGGCUGGUGUGGGUACCACGUGCCACGAAAACAGUCACAUCUGUCUCUAAACCACCUGCAUCUUCCACAGAGCACCUGCCUCAUUUCAUUGAGGUUUACCGACCUCAAGCCUUCACACCAAGCAACUUGACAUCCUGGUGGACGGUGGAUGGGAAGUAGGAGGGCACACUUUCAAAAGGAACUCAGAAAAAUGUACCAGUGAAGGUGUUCUGAUGAAAAUCCAUGAUCUCAGAAUGGUGUGCACGUAUUAGACAAAAAAGUCUAGCGAUAGCAACAGCAACAAAAAAAAGUCUUUAUUCCAAGGUUUAUUUUCAUCAAAGCCAUUGUGACUUUUCUUUUUCUUUCUUGUGGAUAAUCAAUCUACAAUGGAAUAUUGAAUUGCUGUGUGGAAUUAAUUUAUGCUAUUCAACUGUGACUAUCUAACUCCCCAUAAAAGUAGCAUUGGUCAAUACUAAAAUGCCCCCAAAGUUCUAUGUGGUGUUCCCACUAUAUCACUCUAACCCACAAGUUCUCUCAUUUUAAUGCAAAGUGUAUCAGAUUUCACAAGAAAUCUUCAGGUUUUGAGGGGACUUGGGUUGAUCUGAUUUUCAGUAUGUUGUCAAAGGAAUAAAUUAUACAAAAUUAAUCAUGUUUCCUUUAUAUACAGUUAUAAGCAAUAAAAAUCAACCUACAUUUUU